AUGGCAACCAAGAGAAACAACAGUGAUCUCGCGCCUGGUAAUCCCCAGCCGCCCGUGGAGCCAGCCUCAUCCAUUCUCGCGGCACAUUUCGCCCCUCUGGCAACCCAAGGGCAUAAUGGCCAUCGACUAUCGCGAGAAACAUUUUCACAACUACGCCAAGAACUUUUGGGAGAAAGGCAAAGUCAAAUGCGCGUUGACGAAGGCAUCACAGACAUCAAUAAGCUCGUCUGCAUUGUUCUUAAGGCUGGUCUAGAUGUGGAUCCCAGUACUGACACCCCGGAAAAUGACCUGCAGGGCCAAAUUUUGGACUGUCUGGAUAUCAUCCAAGCCAGUAUCGAGAAAGCUCCCCAGGCACUAUGGGAUAUCUCUGACCCGCUGAUUCUGGGCGAGAAUGUCGAGGCACCAUUAUUUGCCUGGCUGACCCUCCGACUGAUUAAAUUGGCUGGAAACUGGCCCUCCGAGGUUGUUGAGCAAAGAACGCAUUUGAUACUACACUGUAUGGCCAGUCUCCAAUCUAAACAAGCUCGCUCAUCACCCGUAUGCUACGGCAUCUCAGCCUUCCUUCGUGCUUGUACCUCGGACAUUCUAUGUGCCCUGGAAACUUUCCAGCGAGGAAGCUUUCGGGGUCCUUCUUCCGCAAAACUGACCUUGCCCGCGACAAACGGGUCACUGGGAGUGGAUCUUGAAAAUCUGGCUCUUUCCCGCGGUCUCCUAAGAGAAACCAUAUCUCUGGGGUCUUUCCCCCGAGCAAUCAUUAUUGUUUCUCUUCUUCUAGACUCGAUUAGCCCACAAGCUGCAAUAGAAGGCUUUCCAAAGGGACGAAGCUUCAUUCUUCGCCAGAACCUCCCGUGGGUUUCGAAUGGGUACAAUCGCUUGCGUAAGGUGGUGGUCAAAUGGCUACAGACAGCUGGAUCGUCCUUUACUCCGGACGAUCAACAGGUCGUCAUGCAAUUUAUGGCAUAUACACACCGGUUCUGCGUGUCUGACUCAUGCGGAUCAGCCUUGCGUUCCGAUGUAUGCUUGGCCUCAACUUGGGCUCAAUGCCUAAGUGACAUGCUUCCACCUAUUGUUCACAGCCAGUUGUAUUUUCUUCAAACGGGAAUGAUUCACUUCAUGGAAGAAGCGAUACAAGCGGCAACUGGUUCUGAACUCUUCACGCAACAAUUGAGGGAAACGAUCCUGCCUGCUCUCUCAGAAAUCAAGGACAAGGAUGGUAAUAUUUUGCCCAUGGAGCUGGAUUUAUCGAUUCCAAUCAAGUCUCUCGAGGUGGCACUGUUCAAUACAUCAGCGCUCGCCGAAAAAUCCCCCAAGGAUUCGUCUGGUCCUCCAACAGCUGAGGUUACUCUCGAUCUCCAAAGGCCGGGAACACCUGCCGACGGAAUGGAUCAAACUGAGGAUAUGCGAGCGUCAAAACGCAUGUGUCUGACUGUCGAGCCUUUGAAUAAAAGCUUACGGCAUCGGCAAAUGGAAAGGCUAUCGGAAAUGAUAAACUACGAUGGUAGCAGAGGAUUGGCAGGUCUACGCACUGCACUGGAAAGCUCAUUUGAUGAACUUUCCGAGCCUCAAAAGUCCGAUCUGCUGGCCAUCAUCGGACAGCUUUCAUGCACAAUCACGGGGAACCUUAAACAGAAGCUCUCAGAUGUUGUAGGGCGAGAUACAGUAUUCUGCGAAACGUGCGAUUCAGAACCACACACACCUGAGACCGAAAAUGAGAAAGAUAAAAUCGAAUUUGAGGAACUAUGGACAGUGUUCAAUUCCAUACUACCAAAACUCACACGCACACCCGGUCCACGCAUAGCUGCGAUGGUUUCACUAAGAAGGAUUCUGAUGCAUUCGCCUUGUUUGGAUCAAAUGCAUCUAUCGUCAUCUGCAUCUGGGGAGUUUUGCCUCCAUUCUCUUCGAAGUUCUAACCGAGAACUUCGUGUAGCGACCAGCCAUUCGGUUGUAGCCUUUGUGCAUCCUAACUUACAGUCAGAUGUCCGUCGAGCCAACUUUGUCAUCCUACUUGAAUCGCUCAAGAGUAUCUCUGAGAAAAAUGACAUUCCUUUGCAUGAGGCGUGUGUGUUGACACUCUGCUGCCUUGCCAAGUUCUCAGACGAGGAAGAGAAAAAUCUCAUCCUUUUGCGCCUUGUGGAGUAUCUCGGUCACCCAAACCCAUACAUAUGUGCCGUGGCAUACGACGAGUUGUCCAAGCUUGCUUUUCAAUUUACUUUGACACCUGCUGGCUUAUUCCGACCGUAUUGGAGAUCACUGUCCGUGGCCGUCGUAAAAAACCUCCAGAGUCGCCCAUAUAUGGCCGAACAGCUCUGUGAACUGCUUGGCAUGAAGGUUGACAGCUUUUUGCGACUAACCGAAGUACAUGUCCUGCCUUACUUGGUCUUGACAAGAAAAAGAGACAUCAUUGCCAGAAUAGGAGCGAGUCGCGACGAAGCCGAAUCGCCUUUCGAUGUCUGCUCCGAAAAAAACAAUCUUGCGGCAAUUCUUGCUUUCCUGCUCGCCCAAGAAUCUAGCAACCCAGAAGUCAUGAUCAUGUCUCUACUAUCAGAGAUAGAUCCUGCUUUUAUUGGACGAACUCUUGCGGAACUGGUCCGUAUUGAGCCGAUCCUGAUUGCUUGCGAUUUGCUGAAAAGUCUCGGGGAUGCUGGUGAACAAAAUAAGGAACGAUUUCAUCAAGCACUUCGACGCCUAGCUACAUUCGUCCCACGGAAGUCUGCUGCACAUGGAGGGGGCUCCUCAAAAAAAGCGAACUUGCUGAGCCACUUCAUCGAGGAGCAUGUUCUUGGAAUCAUCACCCAAUUUUCAAACGCUAUCAAUGACGUUCAAGUGCGGCAAACUCUGGCGGAGAAAAGACGCAACAUCAAAGCAAUUGAGGAAAUGAUCAUUAUUGCUCAAGGUCAUGUCAGUAAUGCGCUACCUCAGGUCUGUGCUUGUCUCCGUUCUGCCCUCGAUAUUGAGGAAUUAUGCGGUCAGGCGUUCUCGGCUUGGACAACAUUAAUCAGCUCCCUCAGUGCCGAAGACCUUGAGCCUCUUAUUGACCAGACAUUGGCAAUCGUGAUCAGAUACUGGGAUAGAUUGGCCAACGAAAGCAGAAAACAUGCUUAUCAGUUAAUCGACCAUAUAUUAACCAACCAUCCAAACCUCGUGCGAGAUACCUUCAAUACAAUGCCUUCCCUAGCCUCAAUCCCUGAGAUGGCCGCAUUUGAGACUCAGAUCAACGAAUUGCGGGCGGAGAUGGAUGUUCGAAGUCGGUUGCUAGCUUUAAUUCGCCGCUGUCAGAGUGAAAACGGAACGGUUGUCGAGCAAGCCUUGGCCGAACUACUUCCUUUCUUAUCCGAAAACGAGGAGUUCUUGCACAUUUCCGCUAUUAGUGAGCAGCCGGACCCUGUGAUUGCACAGCUCACAAGAGCAUUGUUGGACUGCUGUGUUAAGUUUAAUACGAAUUCAGACAGCAUAACAUUACUGGCAGCACAAUGUUUAGGCCUUGUUGGCUGUUUGGACCCGAAUCGAGUCGAGUCAAUCAAAGAGAAGAAGGAUAUUCUUGUUCUGUCCAAUUUCGAUCGAAUGGAGGAGAUUGUGGAAUUUGUUCUUUUCUUUCUCCAGCAUGUGCUUGUCGAUGCAUUCUUGUCGGCCUCUAACACUAGAGCUCAAGGGUUUUUGGCAUAUGCCAUGCAGGGCCUCCUCAGAAUUUCCAACCUACAUACAAUUGUUACUCAGCGUUCUCGUGACCUUCAGGACGAUGAGAAAUACCAGCGAUGGAUGGAACUCCCGGAAGGGAUUCGAAAUACUCUGACACCAUUUCUUACAUCGACAUACACAGUCACCAUCGUUGCCAAAACACCAGAGGUUGAAUACCCUCUGUUUUCUGAAGACAAGACUCAUGGCGAGUGGCUGCGAACCUUGGUACAGGAUCUGCUCCAAAUGGGAAGGGAAGACAACGCAAAGCUCAUUUUUGCUUUCGGCAGUCGUGUGGUAAAAGGACAAGAUAUAUCAAUCUCCUCAUUCCUCUUGCCGUUCGCGGUGUUGAACCGCAUUGUCGGAGGUACAGUGCAAGAACAGCAAGACAUUCAGCUCGAGCUCAUCAAGGUCCUUUCACAUCCUCUCCCCGAUACAAAUAACAACGCUCGUGAAACAAUCAUAAGCUGCAGUCAGAGUGUUUUCGAGGUUCUGGACUACUUGUCGCGGUGGCUUCAGGGGAAAAAGAAGCAGCUUAAUAGCUUAGGCCACCAGCCUAACCAGUCGAGUCGUUCUCGUGGAGAUACCGGUCGAGAACUCCUCGUCGACAAAUACUCGUCUCAGAUCAAGUCUGUCGAGGCCAUUCUGGCUGCAAUCCCACCUGAAAUCAUAUCAAAACGCUCCAUGGAAUGUAAAUCGUUCUCUCGCGCUUUGUUCCAUUGGGAGCAGUAUAUUCGGAGAUGUACCGCACAGCCGGACUCCACGGAAGGUUCUGGCUCGGAUGCGCUUUAUCAGAGAUUGCAAGAUAUCUAUAGCCAAAUUGAUGAGCCGGACGGAAUAGAAGGUAUAUCCAGCUAUUUGUCCGGGCUCAAUGUUGACCAGCAGGUUUUGGAGCACCGAAAGGCGGGCAGAUGGGCCACCGCACAGAGUUGGUAUGAGCUUCAGCUUGAAAAGGAACCUGAAAAUUUAGAGGCGCAGUGGAAUCUUAUCACUUGCCUGAAGGAAUCAGGUCAACAAGAUGCCAUUCUCACCCGUUUCGAAGCCGUCAAAGAUAAAGAUGCUGCAACUUCACGACUCCUGCCAUUCGCAGUAGAAGCAUCUUGGAUCACAGGUAGAUGGUCCAAACUCAAAGGCUACCUUGAAUUAUGUGCCGAGAAAGGGACUGGUGACUUUAACGUGGGCAUUGGCUCAGCUCUCUACACUCUUCAAGGGAGACAUGAAAACAAUGAUGCUUUGUUGAAGGAGAAGUCAGAGACAUUCACAAAAACAAUUAACCAGCUCAGACUCAAUAUUGCAAAGUCAUUGACGGCAAAUUCUGUCACUUCAUUGCAAUCAUGUCAUGACGAUAUGCUUCGCCUACAUGCCUUGGCAGAUGUGGAAGCGAUAGCCAAUGCGGGAACCGGGGAAUCCUCAUAUCCAGACUUGCCCUCUGCCCUGAAACGACGUUUAGAUGUCUUGGGGGGUUAUAUUGCCGAAAAGCAGUAUCUGCUUGGCAUCAGACGAGCGGCGAUGGAACUAGCGGGAGGCUUCGUCGAUUCCGACAUCUCUGCUGCUUGGCUUACCAGUGCCCAUCUCUCACGCAAAGGAAAAUUCACCAGCCAGGCUUACCAUUCUAUGCUUAACGCAGCUAGGCUUAAAGAUCGGUCAGCCACCAUUGAACAUGCAAAACUACUCUGGCAAGAUGGACACCAUCGAAAGGCAAUUCAGACCCUCGAAGGGGCUAUUUCUGUGAAUGAAGCCACUCCGGCAGCAUCCAAUGCAGUUGAAUCCCAGGCAGCCUCCUUUGUCUCUAGCCGUGGACAGAAACAAAAUGAUGUUCCUGCAAGGGCUCAUCUUAUGCUGGCAAAAUGGACUGAUAGAGCCGGCCAGACUCACUCAGAGGCCAUUGUUCAACGAUACCGAGAAGCCAUCAAGCUGUACCCAAGGUGGGAGAAAGCCCAUUACUAUUUGGGUAAACAUUACAACAAGAUCCUUGACUCUGAGAAAGCGAAACCUAUGGGCAAAGAAGCUCAAAUAUAUUUGAGUGGAGAAGCUACCAAGUUGGUGAUUGACAAUUACUUACGCUCUCUAACCUAUGGCAGCAAAUAUGUUUUCCAGACCCUGCCAAAGCUUCUCACCCUUUGGUUGGAGCAUGCCUCCAUCGUUGAUCAGCCCAUUGAUCCCAAAAGAGGAGACAAUGAGGCGUUCCAGAAACAUACACAAGCGAAGCGGCAGAAAAGUUUGGACGAGAUGCAUGCCCAAUUGAAAAAAUACAUCUCAUCCCGUCUCCAGCCCGCUUUGCUUUUUACAAUCCUGCCUCAGGUGGUAGCCCGUAUCUGUCACCCUAACAACACGGUCUACGACCUUUUGACUAGAAUUGUGACCAAGGCCGUCCACUACUUUCCCCAGCAAGGUCUAUGGACAGUCCUCGCAGUGGUCAAAUCUUCGACUAAGGAUCGGGCAUCGAAGGGUUAUAACUGUCUCCAGAAGAUCACAGAAUUUACCACCAAACACAAAGUGGACAUUUCGUCUGCUGAAAUCCGCCGCAUGAUCACCUCUGGUCAAAAGUUCUCAGAGGAGUUGCUUCAGCUAUGCCUCGCGCCCGUGGAGGAUAGAGUCAGUAAGGUCCAGCUUUCUCGCAGUCUUGGCUUCAAUCACAAGGUUGCCCCUUGUCGACUCGUCGUGCCCUUCCAGGCUAUGUUGAUUCCGAGUCUCCCUGCAAGCCAUGAUGCGGAGUAUCUGAAAGGAUUCAGAGCGUUCCCCCGGGAUCCGACAACAAUUGAAGCUGUUUUGGAUGAGGCGCAUAUCUUGAACUCGCUUCAAAAGCCUCGCAAGAUUAGUAUUCGAGGCUCCGAUGGAAAGAUUUACAAUGCACUUUGUAAACCCAAAGAUGAUCUUCGAAAGGACCAGCGUCUCAUGGAAUUCAAUAACAUGAUCAAUCGGUUCUUGAAACGGGAUGUUGAGGCCAGCAAACGAAGAAUGUCGCUAAUUCAAGAAACCCAAACUACAGACAUCAAGACCUACGCAGUGACCCCGUUGAAUGAAGAAUGUGGCCUGAUCGAAUGGGUGGAUAAUCUGCGCACACUGAGAGACAUCAUAGUCAAGCUUCUACGCGAGCGAGGAGUUGCACCAAAUUACACUGAGAUUAAGCACUAUCUCAACGAGAUUUGCUUAGACCGAUCAGGUUCCAAGCUACCUCUGUGGGAUUCUAAGAUUCUGGUCAAGCUUCCUCCUGUUCUCCAUGAGUGGUUCAUCGAAAUGUUCCCAGAGACCGAAGCGUGGUUCACCGCAAGAUUGCGAUACACAAGGUCUGCGGCGGUGAUGUCGAUGGUUGGAUAUGUCCUAGGACUUGGAGAUCGACAUGGAGAGAACCUGUCAUUUGAGGAAGGCACAGGAGGGAUCCUGCAUGUUGAUUUCAAUUGUCUAUUCGACAAGGGUCAAACAUUUGAGAAACCCGAAGUCGUUCCAUUUCGACUGACGAACAACAUGAUUGAUGCUUUUGGUGCUUAUGGGUACAACGGACCCUUCCGACGCACCUGCGAAAUCACUCUCAGUCUCCUGCGACAAAACGAGGAUUCGCUGAUGACCAUUCUCGAAACUUUCCUUCAUGAUCCAACCACCGACUUCAUCGGAAAAAGGCGUCGUAAUCCCACGAACGUCCCUGACACACCGGUCGGUGUCCUGGAAGAUGUUCGUAACAAACUCCGCGGUUUCAUGUCUAAGCAGCCCAUCGCCCUAUCCGUGGACGGACAGGUAGAUGAGCUAAUUGUACAGGCAACCGAUAAGAAGAAUCUGGCGGCCAUGUACAUCGGAUGGUGUGCCUUCUUUUGA